AUGGCUCUUGCACCGUGGGACGAGCUCCCAAUUGAAAACACCCUCUUCGUUUUGGUGACGGGCGGGAAUAGUGGUAUUGGCUUCGGCAUUAGCGAACGCCUCAUUGACGAGUACCUGACCACGCGUUCGCUCUCGUCGCAUAUCGUCGUCAUUCCAACCACCCGCAGCGCCAAAAAGUCCCGAGAAACCAUCGACGGCCUGCGCAAACACACCAGAGAAUUCGCAGCCACCUCGACCGCCCUCCGCGUCCGCACCGGCCCGAACUACGAUCCCCGCCAAACUACACGACGAGUCCACAUCCUAAGCGUCCAACUCGACCUUUGCAACCUGCCGGCUAUCCGCCGCUGCGCGACGCAGCUCGUCUCAGGAACCCUCAGCAGUCCCAGCGAUGACGAUGACUUCGUGCCUCUCACCGACGUCCGGAUACCGCGAUUGGACUCGAUUAUUUUCAAUGCCGGUAUGGGAGGAUGGUACGGGCUCAACUGGCCGAAAGUUUUCCACAACAUCCUCACGAAGGGCCUCGUCAGUGCGACGACCUGGCCGACCUUCAAGGGUGCCCUCAGCGGCUUCGUGAUCGACCCGAUCCACGGGAAGACAGCCAAGAACAACAAUGACGAAGCCGCAACAGCCCCGCAAAUGGGCGAGAUCUUUUGCGCCAACGUCUUUGGUCACUACCUCUUCGCCCAACACCUCGUACCACUCAUGGCGCGCCGGCCCCAAGCCGGCAUCCCGCCCGGUCGCAUCAUCUGGGAAUCCAGCAUCGAGCCGGACUGGGAAACCCUGUCACUCGAUGACUUCGAAGCCAUCAAGACAAACGCCGCCUACGAGUCCACCAAGCGCCUGACCGACCUCCUCGCGCUGACCUCCAGCCUCCCAGCCUCCAAGCCCUACGUGGACAAAUACCUGACCCCAUCCACCACAAAAGCAUCACAACCAUCACCACCGACAGGAGCCGCAACCCCACCCAAAAUCUACCUCGUCCACCCAGGUGUGGUGCAAACCACCCUAUUCCCCCUCAACGCCUUCAUGUUCUUCUGGUACAACGUCGUCCUCUACGUGGCCCGCUGGCUCGGUUCCCCCUGGCAUCCCAUCACGGCCUACAACGGCGCCUGCGCCCCCGUCUGGCUAGCCCUACAGGAACAAGAGGACCUCGACGCCGCGGGUGCGCAGCGCGUGAAGUGGGGCAGCAGCACCGACUUCUGGGGCGAGUGCCGCGUCAAGAAGACCGAGGUGGAUGGGUGGGGGUGGGAGGGGAAAGUGGAAGGGGGUCGGGACCAGUUGAAGAAGGAGCAGAAGAUAAAGGGGCGGAAGUGGGACGCGGUGGAUGUGACGGAGGAGAGGCUGGCGCAGUUUGAGGAGUUGGGGGCGGCGUGCUGGAAGAAGAUGGAGGCGUUGCGGGCGACGUGGGAGGAGAGGACGUUGAAGGCGGUGAAGGAGGGGAACUAG